AUGGCCGACGCAUCUGAAGCCAUGGAGGCUCGGAGAGCCAAGCUAGACGAGCUCAAGCAGCGCAUGAGUGAGUCUGCUUUGGCGAACCGAAAGGAUGUCCAGAAAGAACACAACGCCCAACGUACGAGCGCCAAGGAGUCUGCCCGACUGGAGAGGAAGCGUCUACAGGCUCUCGCUAUGGGAGAGAAGAUGGAAGCUCGAGAGACGGGCGAGGAUCUCGAGAGGAAGAGGAAUUGGGACUAUUCCAUCGAGGAUAACGAGAAUUGGGACAAGAAGCAGAAGCACAAGAAGAGCAGGGCCAACUUCCAGUUCACAGAGUAUGACGAUGCGAGCAGGAGGAAGUACAAGCGGGAUAUCGACGCCCUCAAGCCUGAUCUGAAGUCGUAUAACGCUCAACGGGCGGCGGCCAUGGGCACCAUCAUCGCCUCUACCUCUGGAGACCCGUCGGGCGAUAGUGCAGUCUCGCAAAAGGCAGCUGCAGAGCUCCUGUAUCGUGAUGCGAACAGCUUUGUGUAUGCAGACCACAAGCCGACAGAGGACGCCAUCGAUACCGUCAUCUCCAAGAUGAAUCUCGACAUGCACAAACGCAAGACGAGAUCGAGACGCCGUGCGGAGGACGAAGAUGCAGCGGUGACCUACAUCAAUGAUAAGAACAAGGUCUACAACAAGAAGCUCGAGCGCUUCUACAACGCUCACACGAAAGAGCUGAGGGAUAACUUUGAGAGAGGCACAGCUCUGUGA